AUGGCGGCUAUGGCCCUUCCUCUUGCCAGUGCCACCUCAUCUAAACAUGCAGAGAUUAUGGCGCUUCUUUUCGGGAUGAAAUUUGCUCGGGAUGCUGGCUUUUCUUCUAUUUUAAUUGAGUCUGAUUUACAAGGGGUGAUAAUUGAUGUAAGGAAGGAUGAGGAAGAGUCAUGGGCAUCAGAUGGGCAUCUUAUUGAUGAUAUUAAGAGGAGUCUGCAACACUUUGAAGAUGUUAUUAUCUCUUUUAGUCCAAGAGGGGCUUGGAUUGAAGAGGUUCCCUUCUGGCUGGAAUCAAUUGUAAAACGAUGA